AUGGUGUCAGUGGACGUGGAAGGAGCAAAGAUGGACCCCGGAGGUAUUGCUUUUUUUUUAGAGUUCGAACAGAGCUGUUGACUUUAAAAAAGAUCUAGGAUCUUCAUUGAAAAGUUGGAUCCUGGAAGGUCAUUCUACUUCGAGGAUUUUCUGAAAAUCAGCCCUAAUACUCCUUCAUACACCAACAAUAGAUUGUGGAAAUCUCGAACUGCAAAACUUCCUAGUUUUCGAGAAAGGACACCUCAAAUCCACAGAAAACCAUCAAAAUCCGUUCAAAUAGGAGGAUAUUUGGACUUUGAGACCUAAUUUCUCGAAAACUAGGAAAUUGUACGGGUUGAAAAUUCCUUAAUCCAUUUUUGGUACAUCAAGGAGUAGUCUGGCCAAUUUUCAGGGAUUUUGACCUUUUUCAACGACUUAUAUUUGAGUGAGCUUUUGAAAUGGAUUUUUUUGAACACAUUAAAAAAAAAUGCAAAAAAGGCCAGGAAAAAACAAUUUCUUGUUGUCUUUCCACAUUUUCCAGCUUUCUAGUUUUAUUUUUUAUGGAUUCUUGAAAAUAAAGAAAUGAAUAAAAUUUCUUGUAAGUUGUGAGAGGCGCUUCGUCUAAUAAGCCAGUUAUAGACUGUGUACCACUACUUGGAAUUUCACCAAACGACAUUCCGCUGUUCCGCUGCGCUUGGUCGCGUUUUUAAUGUUUUUUUUUUGUUUCUUAAGGUACUCUACUUUCAUGUGCUCCCACAGCAAUAAAAAUCAAUUGGAAGCGUGACUUAUAUUCGAAAGACGCUUCGCGAACGCACGCAGCGGAACAGCGGAAUGUCGUUCGGUGAAAUUUCAAGUCUUGGCACACAGAUUAUAAAAAAGGACAUUUUUCUUAGUUUCAGAUUUUAAUGAAUUUAAAAAAAAGGCUAAAAAAAGCAAAAAAAGUUUUACAGAUCCCCAGGAAGAAGUCAAGAACAGCAGUGGCUUGGUAUUUCAGCGAAUCAGUUCGUUUUGAAUAUUAUUAAAGGGAUAAAGCCAGCUUCACGAAGAAUUGGAGCAUAUUUUUUUGAAUUAUGUUCAGCGUUUAAUGUAGUUUUUUAGGCUGAUUUCGAAGAUGCGCUUGAAAAUUGUCUAGAGCUUCUGUUUAAAAAGUUAUGGCCUCUAAAAGUUUUGAAAACUUUCUGGGUAGUUCAAGGAAAUCUAGCAUCAAUUUUGAGGACAAUGUUUGGUUUUUCAGAGUUGCUCAGAUACUCAUAUAUAUAUAUAUAUAUAUAUAUAUAUAUAUAUAUAUAUAUAUAUAUAUAUAUAUAUAUAUAUAUUUAUAUAUUUUUUGGCGAGGGGUUACAAACUUGAAAGCUCGAAAAUCUUGUCUUACAGACCAUUCUCAAGCCAAAUUUCGAAAUCAGCGUGAAAUAAUUUGUUUUCUUGGUAUCUUUUUUCAUUCAGAAGUCCUAUACUUAGAAAAAAAAAACGUUAUUUCCCUUCUGAUCACACUGAAACAUCUAAAACCUCUCCUUGAAAAAAAUAAUAUUCAAGAGAGCGGUAUCUCGUGGUUUUUCGGAGGCGGAGACAGGGCGAAGAGCGGCACGGACGAUGUUUUCCAAACUGAGUGUAAAUUUUCUCUUCAUAUCUCACAGAAACUAGAAGGAAACUUUUGAAAGCUUUGAUUUAAAUUUUUAUACGAAAUACAAGGAGAAAAGUGGAACUUUCAGGGUUAGUGGAAACGGACAACAAGGCUUUGAGCUCGGCACCAAAAGCGAUAAAAUUAGAAAGUGAGCGAUUCAAUGUUACAGAUUAGAGACAAUUAAAGAUCUUUUGUAAUAUAGUCUGUUCAGAUUUUUAAUGUCAAGUGCAAUGACGUCAUUCAAAAACACUCUGUGGAUGGUUCGCUCUCUGAUUGGUUUAUCGCACCAUAAUGGGCGGAGCUUGAGCAUCGAUUUGACAUUCAAAAUCUGAACAGACUAUACCACGGAAAUCCUUAAAGUUAAAGGCAUAGGGGCAGUAAAAAACGGUGUUUCAGUUCAAAGCAGUACUUUAUAGAGUUUUUCAUUGCGAAUCGAACAGUGAACUUGGAAACGUACAGAAGUCCCUAGUUUUGGGGAAAAAAUAAUUCAAAGUCGGAGAGGAGAAUGUUUGAGUUCCCGCGAAAAGGGCGCUUUGCAGUAAAGUUGCUCUAUGGACAACAGGCUUCGCCAUCUUCCGGAUUUUCGCUUUUUUCUUCGUUUCUUUCAAAUUUCAAUUUUUUCUGUUGUCACCAAAGUUCUUUUCGUCACAAAAGCUUACUAUUCAUGUAUAAUUUGCAAACUUUGAUCCCAAAAAUGCUUCUCUGGCGAAAAUUGAUGAUUUUACACAGGUUUCGAUUGGGAUAGCGAUUAUUUGUGUUUUCUUAAUUAUCAAUAUGUUUUCUGUUUUCUUAAUCGAUUUUUCAGAGGAGAAACCCUUAAUUUGGAGCAGAUAUCCGGUUAUUUCUCACAAAAUGCGAGUCUAAUGAGACGUCCGCAACAUCGCGUGCACGACUACUGUAAUCAGUUGUCUGAGUACCGAUCCAAAGCUUUUUUCAAAAUUAAAGGCGGAAAAGUAAAAUCGCGUUUUUCUUCUAAAGUUGUCACAUCUGUAAUUUUUUUGAGUACACCAUUCGAUUCACAAAGAAAAACUAUAUAAGAUACUGCUUUAACCUGAAACCCCAUUUUUUACUGCCCCUAUGCCUUUAAUAGGUUGAGGGAAGGCGUCAAAGUUUCUGAAUUUACAAAAAAAAAGUUAUAAGCACGCGCUCCGGAAAAAAUGACGUCAUUCUACGUCACAAAUUACAUGAAUAUUCAACGUUAAUAACUUGUUUUGUUUGAUCGCCUUUGACUGUUCGCUUGAGAUUCCAGUUUCGCGUCACAUUUUUUUUUUUGACGUCUUCUCACCCCGUUUGGGAACACAGUGGGACUUUCGGAGAGGACUAGGCUCACUAGAUGUAGUUUUUCAUGCUGACUCCAAAUCCGGUCUCAAAAGCUGCCACCGAGGUCUGUGAAAAAAGUUAUGAGCCCUCAAAAGUCGAAAAUCUCGAUGUCUCAAUGAGAUUAUGUUUGAAGUGUAGAUAGCUCUCGUUCCUCUGGCUGAGAAAAUACCUGUUUCUUUUUAGGAAAAGACAUUCCCUAGUCAACUUAAAAACUAUGUUUUUUUUCUUUGGCUUCAAAGAACGCGGUUUUGGCGCCAAUCCAAAAUUUAUCGCACUCUUAUAUUUGAUUUUCUCACGUUCCUGUUGACAAAUUUCAUUGAUUCGCUAGACCUUUUUCAAAAAGGUGCUUUGGUUUUUUUAAUGAAUAAAAUUCUCUGGAAAUUCCCCUGUAGCGAUGACUUCUGAAAUGACGCCAAAACGCAUCGCGACCGCUCCGCACAAGGACGAGAAAAAUGGAUUAUUUGGAUUAAAAUAACAAGGUACUGGGCAUAAAACGCUCUAAAAUCAAAUUUUCCAUGAAAAUUUUGGACCAUGAUAUGAAUUUUUAUAAAGCAACAAAAAAAGCAAGUUUGAACGGGCAAAAAUGGAAAAUGGCGACAUUGUUCAUAGAGCAAACUUUCCUCUAGCGCAAUUUUUUCCCACGAGUGGGAUUUCAUUUUUUCUUUUUUUGGGAAAGUGGGAAUUGUAUUUCUCGAUGCUGGAUUAGAAGGUAUAUUUUAAAUAUCACGUUUUUCUCGCCAUUAAAAAUGCUUUCGAAUAACCUCUUUUUUCCCUCACAAGGAAGUUUAUGUUCCUUUGCGGUUGGGAAUUUUUCGAAAGUUGGCCGGAAAACUCCUUGAUGUACCAGACCCGCGAAAUCUCAUACUUUCUGAGAAAUGACAGCUCAAGGACUCAAAAUGGCCUGUUUCAACGGCUCUUGAUACGACUUAAAGUGCCCUUUCUCAAAAAAUUGGGAACUUGUUCGGGUUGAGACUUUCAGGAACUUCAUCUGGUUCAUCAAGAAGUGACCCGGCCGAUUUUGAGUAAAUUCCCAAUCAAAAAGUAAAAUUACGUUCAAGUUCAAAAAACAAAAGUUCGAAUAAUUCUUUUCUCUGUUCAACAGGUCUACUGAUGCGACUAGAAAAUAAAUAUGCUCCAGUCGAAGAUGACGAGUUUAUAGAUCAGUUAUGGUUUAAUCACGGGUAAGUGCAGGUUUUCGCGAAGCUUUACAUCGUUUUUCCAGGUUUCUCCCGCAGAUGGAAACCCGAAUGUUCUUGCGACGCGGCGGAGCGUUCCUCGUCAGAAAAUUUAACUACAGUGAAAGUAACAUUCCGAAAAAAAUCAUUUCUUUUGGUUGUUUUCAGGCGAGGGGGGCAAGGACGAUCUUGUGAUAUCCGUGGCCGUGCCAUUGGAGUAUACAAGGACCGAGAGCGACGGUAACUUUUCUUCUCAUAUCCUCUUGAACGAGAGAUCCAAGCCAAGUUUGGAUUUGAACCCAUUUGUUAGGAAAUGCGUCCGGUUUUGAAGGUCCUAACUACGUUCAUGGGUACUACGACAAGAGCGAGUUUUCCAUUUGGGGAGAGUACUGUAUGCGAAUAUGCGCAUUGCGUGUUUACACUUUAGUUGCGUGACGUCACCGGGUCGUACAUCUCCGGUUUUUUGUUUCACAGUUUUUUUUCGAAAUUUUUCAAAUUUUAUUUUUGAUACUGUUUUUUAACGUGCAAAUAUCGGUCGGUUCGGCCAUUUUUUCAGUUUUAAAUUAUUUUAAGUGUCCAAAAUGCGUAGAAUUCUCGAUUUUGGUUAGAUAUAAGGUUUUGAAAAACGAAAUAUUGGCGCCUUAAAAUAGUAGAAUAUGUUUUUUGUACAAUAAACUUCAUGUCAACCUUUUUAAAUUGACCUGAAAUCGAGUGCAAAUGAGUGUUCAUUAAGAUUUGAGAACAUUUUUCAGAAAUUUCAUGGAACGAAACUCCGCUAUUUCGAUUUAAAAAAUAAAACUAAAGAGUGUCGUUCCAUGAAAUUUCAACUCGUGGCAAAUAGACUAUAAAUAUAAUCGCCAGAAUUUUAAAAAAACUGACUUCCAAAUUCGAUCGGCCUAAAAUUUGCGUUAUAUUAAAGGCAUAGGGGCAGUAAAAAAUGGGGUUUCAGGUGAAAGCAGCAUCUUAUAUAGUUUUUUAUUGCGAAUCGAAUGGUGUACUCAAAAAAUCUGCUUCAAAUUAAGGGUUUCUUCUCUGAAAAAUUGAUUAAGAAAACCGAAAACACACAGUGAUAUUAAAGAAAACACAAAUAAUCGCUAUCCCAAUCGAAACCUGUGUAAAAUCAUCAUUUUUCACCAGAAAAGCUUUUUUGCGAUCAAAGUUUGCAAAUUAUACAUGAAUCGAAGGCUUUGGUGACGAAAAAAACUCUGGUGACAACAGAAAAAAUUGAAAAUUAAAAGAAACGAAGAAAAAAGCGAGAAUCCGGAAGAUGGCGAACCCUGUUGUCCAUAGAGCAACUUUACUGCAAGGCGCCUUUUUCGCGGGAACUCAAGCUUUCUUUUCUCCGACUUUGAAUUAUUUUUUCUCCAAAACUAGGAAUUUCUGUACGUUUCCAAGUUCACCGUUCGGUUUGCAAUGAAAAGCUCUACAAAAUACUGCUUUGAACUGAAACACCGUUUUUUACUGCCCCUAUGCCUUUAAAGGCGCAUGCAGCGAUAAAUAUCGCGCACAUUGACGGGAAGAGUUCUCUAGCUCAGAGAAAACGAAAAUCGCGACAAAUUGACGCGGGAUGAGCUGAAAAAUUGUUGCUUUGCCUCGUUUCUUUCGUCUGAUUGAAGAACUUCCUUAAAUUUGAAUGGAACAUUUGAGAAACAGGAUAAAAUCUUCAGAUAAGGACGAAAAUUACGGUCGAGACGAGCCGGUUUUCAUCCAAGACUACAUUGUCAGUAAAGACGGCCGCAGUAAAGAGACUGAAAUUUUCAUUGACGACAAGAUGUGUUUCGAAAACUUUCAAGAUUUGCUCGCCUACUAUAUUUUUAAUCCAAACAAGGUAAGAUAUACACGCAAUCACGCGUUCCUUUUUAUCUAUUCUUAUCAUAUUUAUAACUUCUUCGAAGCGUAAAGAUAGUCUGUGUACUUGGAAUUUUACCGAACGACAUUCCGCUGUUCCGCUGCGUGCUCGGCCGCGAGUCUCGCAAAGACGCUUCGCAAAGCAGCGGUUGAGCGGAACGUCGUUCGGUGAAAUUCCAAGUCUUGGCACACAGACUAUACAGGAAUUUCAUUUUGCUCGAAUUCCUUAUUAAUCUACUUGCUUUGUAGAAACCUUCGAAACUUCUUGAACCGUAUAGCGUUAGCUUUUAUGAAGCAUUGUAGAUAGAUAUUAAAGAAGUUGAUAUAGUCAAUCCUUGAAAGGUGAGAGACGGAGAAAUGGGCCGGAUGCGUACGCGGUUAUUGGCACGAGUUCAAUCCAAAAAGAGCGGUGACGGAGAUUUUUGAAUAGUCGGUGGCGGUUGAAUGGAACUCGCGCCAAGAACCGCGUACGCACACGCUACGCGUCCCGCCCAUUUAUUCGCCCCCCUCGCCUUUCAGAUCCGGAAGGAUUACCUAUAGGUAAAAAUUAAUAGAUCUUCGGGAGUUUAGAAACGCCUUUUUCGUCCCAUACUGUACUUCUAUAGUAAAAAAAAACAAAUAACUAAGAAAACCACGAACAACCGAACCGCAUGAAAGCAGUUAAAAACGACAAAUUGACGCAAAAAAAGAAGCUAUUUUCAGGAAUCGCUCAAUAUUAAGCUGUUUUACCCCGCUCCUAACAGAUAUUUCCAAUACAGACAAAAUGCAUUGAAGAGAGUCGAGACGGUGAGUUUUGAAAGAAAGCAAAAAUGUGUCUUUUCAAAGGCAUUUUGCGUCGAAAUUCCAGAAAACCCCGGCAAAUUGUCGCAAAAAAUACAAUUAAUAACGAGUCGAGUCUUUUUUGGUUUGUAAUUUGAAUUUUUCUGACUAGGGAACGUUUUUUUGACCACAAAAACUCUUGUGAGGAAGCUCGAAAAUUGUGAUGUUAGGAAGGAAUUUUGGGUUCCCGAAUAUUCGUGGCUAUAUUAUCUCAUUUCUACCACCCGAGUGGUCGGUCUUCAUUUCCGCUCUCGUCUGAGAUUUAAUCCGACGCCCGUCAGCCCUGGACAAGCUGGGCGCCGUACUGUUCCUACAUGGAGAAGCAGUGAUCGUCGGAAACGCUCGAAAAUCGUCUACUACUAUCACAAGAAAGACGAGAUGCUCUACGCGCCGUCUACGUUUGAUCAACGAAAGUUUCCCAAACCGACAAACAACUCUUCAAAUAUUCCAUGAUUCAGCAGAGUACCUUCUUUGAAGACUGAAUAAAGUUUUUCAAAGUUUUUCAAAAUAUUCGUGAGCGUUAAUUGUGCAUACACCAAUCUUGGAGGCUCGAAUCUUUGCAAACGAUUCUUGGGAAUAUUCCCCUCUUUUUUGAAUUUCCUUCUUUUUUUUCCUACAUUUUUUUUCCUUUGUCGUUUUAUUGUGAAGAUGCCGUGUUUCGACCAAAAAUAAACACUGUAUGAUUUUUUUCAACUAACUUUUUAUCAAAUAAUGCGUCUCUCUCACAUACACGAAGUCAAAUGUUCGCUGCAGAACGGCUGCCACAUUUUUCAUUCACUCUGUAUAUAUUCUCCAUCAACUUCUGUUAACAAAAAAACAUUGGAAAAAAAUUAUAAAAAAAAUCAGAAAAGAGGUGAAUAUUGCCAAGAAUCGUUUGCAAAGAUUCAAAUUUUCAAAGAUUCGAGCCUCCAAGAUUGGUGUAUGCACAAUUAACGCUCACGAAUAUUCGCGUACCCAAAAAUCCUUCCUACCAUCAAAAUUGUGUAAAGGUCUAGAGGUAAGUUCCCGUAUAGUCACUACCUGCGCAAACCUUUAAUUGGAAGUUCGAAUUUUCAAAAUUGCAAAAUAUUGGCUAAAGUAUGAUUUUUCGUAAAAUGCGACUUUUAAAAAAUCAAAUUUUUUUUGAAAAAUAAUUUCCUUGUCUUUCAUUUUUGCUAUAGUCUGUGCACCAUGACUUGAAAUUUCACUGAACGACAUUUCGCUGUUGCGCUGCGUGCGGUCGCGAAGCGUUUUUGCUUUUACGAAUCUCGGUUUUGCUUCUAGUUGUUUCUUUCAUUUCACUACUUGAUUUUCACGUGCUCCCAGUGAAACAGUCUAUCUACCAGCAAUGAUAACCAAAAAGAACGCUACCCAGGCUUGCAAAGGCAAAAACGCUUCGCGACCGCACGCAGCAAAACAGCGGAAUGUCGCUCGGUAAAAUUUCAAGUCGUGGCACACAGACUAUAACAAGAAAGGCCAUUUUACCUCGCAAUUUUCUCAAAAAUGACCAGAAUUCUCCUUGAUGUAUCAGACGAAGAUCCUUGAAAUCUGAACUUGCAAAACUUCCUAUUUUUUGAGAAAGGUAACUCUGAAAUCGAAAAAAACCUUUAUGAUCCGUUAAAACAGGCCAUUUCUGGAAUUUCAGCUCUGAUUUCCCGAAAAUGUCGAGGUUUAAGGAUCUUUCAAAAUCACAGUUAGAAAAUAAUCUGGCCAAUAUUUCCGAACGGUUUUCAGUUGGCAACUGGAGAAUUAAAAGAAGUUUAUAUUGCUGAUCUGGAACAGUUCGGUUCGGUAGAAGAUGCUAAAGUCGCUGUAAAACAGGUUAGUUUAUUACGAGAACAUGAAACAAAUCGCCGUCGUAGUAUGGAAUAUAAAUUUAAGCCUCCGGCAAAAUGACACAGAAAAAAAUUUUGGUGCGAAAAAUGGCAUGAAGAGUCGCCGGAGGAAGUGCGCUCCAGUGAUAUUUCGAGUACUGAAUUAUACAUUUUCGUGUUUUCAAAAUGAGAAACUUUUGAGGGGGGUCCUUAUAGGGGUUUCAUAGCCCCCCUCCCCUAUAGGGUCGAGCUCCAAGGGGUCCCUAUAAGGCCUUUCGAAGGUUAAGGGGCUCAGGGUCAUAUCCUAAAGUCCUAUAGAGGUUCCUAAAAUUUUGACCCCUCCAGGGGGCCCUAAUUUGCCUUCCCCCCCCCCCUUUUUUACGUUUUCUUGCUCUGGUAAAGUGGAAAAAGAACGUAAAGGAUCCCAAAAUGGAUGUUCGGAUGAAUAAACUAUCUAAUUAGCCAUGGGGCGCACUUACACCGGAGUGCUCGCGGUCGUUUUUCCUGACCAACUUUUUCCAACGCUGUGGACUACUCUUUCGAAUGAUAUUUAACGGGAAAAUUCUGAAUGACUCAACUAUUUCUUGUAGGUGAAAAAAGAUAGUCCAAACACGUACGAUUUGAAUGAGAAGCUCAUAGAAGAAGCCCGGAUGUUGCUGUGUUUGGAUCACGAGCACAUUUUGAUAUGUCACGGCUGGCAGAUACACAAAAUGCCAUUCCAGUUCAUCUUCGAGUACAUGGAGGGUGGGUGCUUCGAAAUUGAGAAAAGGGAUACACAAAAUUAGUAGGAGAUCUUGCAAGAACGGCGUGUCGUAACGCAACAGGUUGUGUGCUUGUCUAGGGUCUAUAGGGUUAGAGGUUCGAUCCCGGCCGCGACCCAACCAAGGGGUUCAGAAAGUGUUCGUGAAAACCAGGGAAUUUCGUUACCGUGACGCAACAUCGAAAUAUUAAUUCUGCGAAAGGCGUUUUUGUUAGUAGAAAAAAAAAUGCAAGACCAAAAAUGAAGGGGGUGGAGUCAAAACCUCCACCGUUUCCAUGUGACGUCAUGGGGAAAAGCGCAAAUAACAGGGAAUAUUAAAGGCGCAUGUUUGAUGGGUUAUGAGACGAAUCAAUUUAUCAUUUGAAAAAAAGGCCAUUUUUCUAAUCAAUUUUUUUUUUUUGAAUCCAUUCCGCGAAAUUCAAAAUAGCCGCCAGAGAGUGAAAAAUAUAACUGAAUUUCGGAAAUUCGCGAAAAUUACUUGUGCGAGAGCGCCGCGGUGUAUGCACACGACACACAAAACUUUACGGAAAACAAAUGGGCGUGACAAUUUUUUUCGCUGCUGCAGCUUUUUUUUGCCAGAUAGUCGUUUUUUUUUCUUUUCAGGCGGAACCCUCUUGCAAUUUCUGUUGACCAACUUUGACACGACAAGCAAUAAACGACUUUUGCAAUUGAGCCUCGAGGCAGCGAGAGGGUUGCAGUAUCUACACGAGAAGAGAGUGAUUCACAGGAACAUUUGCGCCGAGAACUGCCUCCUCUCGAAGAAUGGGACUGUGGGAGAAUCGAGGAGAAAUAAUGCAUUAAUUUUUGGCCUUUUCCAGCUUAGAAUCGCGGGCUUCAGUCUUGCUUAUCGAGGUCACGCUUAUUAUAUGAAGGCGCCGGAAAAAUUGCAGACCAGAUAUCUGGCUCCCGAAAAUUUGACCAUCUUCAUUUUCAUUAGCCAGUCGGAUGUUUACUCGUUUGGAGUGAGUUGGAAUCCAUUUUUCUCAACCGAGUGCGGCGUUUUCGGUGCGUUUUCCGGUUUGAAAAUCAUUGCUGUUCAGUGA